AUGUUGGGCCCAAAAUUCUUCAGUUUAGCGGUUGUCGCUAUUCAGUCGAUGGCCUUUACGUUGCCGAGACAAGAACACACGCAACCAAGGCUCAUUCCCAUCGCCGUCGGCAGUAUGAGUGUUAAUACGUCCCUAAUCUUCACCCCGAACGAAGUGCAAGCCAACCCUGGCGACGUGUUGCAGUUCCAGUUCUUCCUCACAAACCACACGGUGACGCAGUCGGCUGGGCCAUCAAAUCCUUGUUCCCCCUUGCAAGACACUGUUCCUGGAGCGAUCCAUUCGGGCUUCAUCCCGGGAGCGAUGCUCAAUAAUUCGGAUACGGUCGGAGCUUUCGAUGUCAUGGUCCAAAACAAAGAUCCGAUGUAUAUUUAUUGUGCGCAAGGACCACAUUGUCAGCUGGGACAGGUAAUGGUUGUCAAUGGGAAACCCGGUGAUCUGAACGCCUACAAGACAGCCGCGAAAGCAGCAGCGGGCAAUACCCCAGGCAAAGUUGUGGCUGGGGGCUCUGUUGGACGAAUACCAAUGGCGAAUGCUAUUGUUCCCCCUGCUUAG